CUAGUCCCAGCUCAGUUUGCAACUCCCUUUAGUUCGGGUUACAAGUUAUAUGUUAUAAAUACAUGUCGAUACCAUCACCAUCCAACACAAUGCUCCAGCUAGGCAAAGACAAGGCAAAGGCGAGAGCACGCGAUAGCCACACGCCAAAUGUGGCUGUUUACACCAAUGUACAGACCCUGCGAUCCGUGUACAGCAUGGUCAGCCAGGCGGCAGGCAGGAAAGCUGCUGCUGCUGCUGCCACCUCGAUUCCCAUGGCGCAAGUCAAAGAUCACGAGGAACCGUCACGCGUUUGGAACUGCAACAAGCCCAAGAAAAAGGAAUAUAAAACAUAUAACGUCUACUCCAAACAAGCGGACAAGUUAAGCGGCGAAGAGGGAUCCAAGAUGGGCAUUCGACAGUGGGUCCAUCCCCCGUAUCCCGUUCAUCGUGAGCGCAAGAAGCGCGACGGCCCGGGCAACUACGAAUCCUUCUAUGUGCCCUACGAACAAGACGAUGGGAUAAUAGUGAAAGACAAUCCCUGGACCGAGACAAAGGAGCUGGCAGUGAAUCUACGUAGCCGAUCAUUUAAGCGCUUGCCGACGGCGGGCGAACGGUAUGCGCUAAAUAUCACCAAAAUGGCCAGUCUGAUUGAGAAGGUCAAGUCGCAUCCGAAUCACGACGGUGUGUCGAAGGCUGCGAGGCAGAUGUGUCCGUUGUUGCCGCCGCCGCCGCAGUUCGCCGAGGAUCCCAUUGAUUCCGGGCGGCGCUUCGCCCUGCUUCGCUCACGAACGGAGUUGUGCUUCUCGAUUUUGGAUUGCGAUGACUUGCUGUACAAGUACGCGUGUCAUCUGCCCUUUGUGCGCGAUCCAUUGCAGCCAGAUGCCGUGCGGCCAAAGAUGAAACGAUUGUCGUGCUCAAUUGGGGGGAAUUCGUGCACCAUACUCAACUAGCCAUCAAUGAUCUUAUAUAUUUUAUAACUUGUUCUCGUUGAAUUCCAGUAAAAUUCACGUGUUCCCCUUUGGGUCAUACUCGUAUGGAAAUAAGUAUAGGGCUUUUUCCCCAUAGACAGAUCCCUAAUGAAACAUACAACCUAU